AUGGCUAAUUAUCUUCUAACCAAUUAUAUAAAAGCACAAACGAUCAAGUUAUCAUGGUAUUAUAGAGUCCAAGCUUGGUGGUGUGUUGUGAGCUACACUACACUUGUGAUCUUCAGCCAAUUGUAUCUUUUGGCAUGGGUAUGCGAUAUAAUAUCAGUAGUAGGCCAUCGUGUUUAUGGAGAUAAUACGCAUUAUGUAUCAAUUAUGGAAUGUAACUCUGUUCUUCAUACUUCUCUUACCCUUCUAGGACUUACCAUUCUACAUUUUCGUGCAUCCAUUGUGGUGGUAAAAUUGAUAAGAAUGUCAUUCCUGUCGACAUCAAAAAAUUAA